AUGGCCGACAACAGCGAUUCUCACCACUUGCAGGAUACGCAGUCGUCCCUAGCCAACUUUGACCGUGAUCAAAUUUUCGACAGCCUCAAACGCAAGAAUGUACCGUUCAUCCGAAAUGACAACCCAGCAUGGCAGACUUAUGCACAAACGUAUAACCAGCGCCUGUCAUGUGAACCUCUCGUGAUCAUCGUUCCCGAGACAAUUCGACACAUCUCGGACGCAGUCCUUUCCGCUUCCAACCACGGCGUUCCAGUCCAGGCCAAGAGCGGCGGCCACAGCUACGCAGGCUUCAGCAAUGGAGGGUUCGACGGUUCCUUGGUAAUUCACAUGGGCCAUUUUCAAGAUGUGUCGGUCGACAAGGAGACUGGCAUCGCCAAGGUCGGCGGCGGCACUCGACUAGGUCCUCUCAGUCUGGCUGUUUGGGAGCAGUGCCAGCGCGCCCUUGCCCACGGUACUUGCUCUGCUGUUGGCAUUGGUGGUCACUACACUCACGGUGGUUACGGCCACUUCUCGAGAGCUUGGGGCUUGGCCAUGGAUCAAAUCGUCGCUCUAGAUGUAGUGCUUGCCGAUGGAAGGUGUGUUCAUGUUGAUUCGACUCACUAUGACGACAUUUUUAACGCAAUGAGAGGAGCUGCGGAUAUGAUCGGUAUUGCUAUCAACUUUUACCUUCAAACUCAGCCGGCUCCAGCCAAGGUCGUCAGAUGGGAGCUUGAUCUGGCCUCGAUUGCGCCUGUCGUCGACAUUGAUAGAGCUACAGACGCCUUUAUGCAUCUCCAAGAGGUGGCCCAUGAUUCCACGGUUUUCAACGCCAAUAUAUCGUUCGGUGUCGUCCUUGGGCCAGCGCGGUGGUUCCAUGUUGCUGGUAUUUACAUUGGCUCUGAGCAGAUGUUUCGGGAUGCCCUAGUUCCCCACCUGCUGAGCGGUAUUUGCAAGUCCAUGCAAGUCAAGUCCACAGAGCUGGGCUGGAUUGACGCUCUCAAAGCUCUGGCGGGAGAUGAUCUAACGGUCACUGAAACGUACAGCGAGCGAAGCAACUUUUACGCCAAGAGUGUCACCAUUCCCGAACCGGGCGCUCCGCGGGAUAGUAUUCGGACUUACAUGGAAUUCAUUGCCACAGUGGGACAAGAGCAACAGAACUUUGGGUGGUAUGCCAUCCUAGAUCUCUACGGAGGAGCAGGAAGUACAAUCAAUAUGAACCACUCUUCUGCAGCCUACCGCGAUCGUGGUUCUAUGUGGGUGGCACAACACCAAGCAUACGUGGGAGGUGAUGUACAGUUUCCUGAAGACGGUAUUGCAUUCCUCAAUUCCCUAAAUCAGGCCAUGAGUGGCAUGCUGGACACAUUCGGCGCAUAUCUUCCAUACGUCGACUCAGAGUACGAUAGAACUACAGCAAAACACAUGUACUACGGCCAGGAUUUAUACGCUCGUAUCCAGAAAGUCAAGCGUCGUUUCGAUCCUACGAAUGUCUUUGCCAAUCCUCACUCCAUCAGACUCGAUGAGUAA